UAAAAGCCAAAAUGAUAAUAUGCCACCUGUAGCUUGUGUGGUCAUGGUAAUGCUUGCCCUAUUCUCUUUGUUUUUUUGUUCGUGCCUGCCAAUAUUACUCCAUGUAAGGGCACGAUUGCCAUACUCACUCUUUCCUUCGUCCACUCUCCUGCUCCUUCGGAGAGAGCUUCAAAUUGGGUGGAAGGCUACAGGUUUGGUAUCCAAUUUUCAGGUGCCGAAAUCUUCGAAAACAUCCCGCACUCUUCACCUCCACCUGCUCAGGCUUGCAUUGACUUUGUCUUGAAAGAUGGUUGCAUUUGGGAAGAAGUUGAGACAGAACCAAAUUGAAGAAUGGCAACGAUACUAUAUCAAUUAUAAGUUGUUGAAGAAGAAAGUCAACAGAUAUUCACAGCAAAUUCAAGUUGGAGCAGACAAUCAACAAAAUGUUCUCAAGGACUUCUCAAUAAUGCUUGAUAAUCAGAUUGAGAAGAUUGUCAUGUUUAUGCUGGAACAAAAAGGACUGCUAGCAAGCAGAUUGUCAAUUCUUGGAGAACAGCAUGACGCUCUUGUGGAGCAGUCAGAUGGAUCUAAAAUAUCUGAACUACGAGAAGCUUACAGGGCAGUAGGGCAGGAUCUCUUAAGGCUUCUGUUUUUUGUUGAGAUCAAUGCUAUUGGUUUGCGAAAGAUUCUGAAGAAAUUUGAUAAGCGCUUUGGCUAUAGGUUCACUGAUUACUAUGUGAAAACUCGAGCAAACCAUCCUUAUUCUCAGCUGCGGCAGGUCUUCAAGCAUGUGGGUGUUGGGGCUGUUGUUGGAGCUAUAUCACGCAAUCUUGCAGAUCUUCAAGAUCAAGAGGGAAACUACAUAUCGAUAUAUGAUCAGCCUGCAUUAUCCCACCCGGAUCCUGUCAUUGAUUCUAUUAAAGCAGCGGUAAACAGGUUAUCAAACUCAACAAAUUUUCUUGAGUUUUUGGGAAAGCAUGCGUUUAUUUUUCAAGACGAGUCACCAACUCCAUCUGAAGACCAUCUUGCUGAGCAGAGAUAUCAUUUCAUGUCACUUCUCUUGAACUUGGUGAAUACAUUUCUAUAUAUGGUCAACACAUAUAUCAUCGUCCCAACAGCAGAUAACUACUCCCUACACCUUGGAGCAGCAGCAACUGUUUGUGGUGUCAUUAUUGGGUCGAUGGCUGUUGCGCAGGUGUUCUCUUCAGUAUACUUCAGUGCAUGGUCAAAUAGGUCAUAUCUGAGGCCACUUGUGUUUAGUAGCAUCGUUCUUCUUGUGGGGAACACCUUGUAUGCACUGGCUUAUGACCUUAAUUCCAUACCGGUCCUUCUGAUCGGUCGACUUUUCUGUGGGUUAGGUUCGGCAAGAGCUGUUAACAGACGUUACAUCAGUGAUUGUGUGCCACUCAAAAUGCGACUGAAAGCUUCAGCAGGCUUUGUCAGUGCAAGUGCACUAGGAAUGGCAUGCGGUCCAGCUCUUGCUUGCUUAUUUCAAACCAAUUUUAAGAUAUACAAACUUACAUUUAACCAAGACACAUUACCGGGCUGGGUAAUGGCUCUUUCAUGGCUUGUCUAUCUACUCUGGCUGUGGGUGUCUUUUAGAGAGCCUCCUCGGGAGAACAACAAGCUUUUUCCACAGGAAUCUUAUACUGGGCUCCCAGUACAAGAUGCUGUAAAAAUUGAUUUUACCCAACCAUUGCUUUUGAAUUCAGAAGCUAAGCUUCAAGAUAACAAUGAUGACCAAGAAUUCGAUGAUGGUGAAGAAGAUUCUGAUGAAAACCAUAAACCUGUCACUUCAAUGGUGUCAGCAUAUCGAUUACUUACACCAUCUGUGAAGGUUCAAUUAUUUAUUUAUUUUAUGCUGAAAUAUGCAAUGGAGAUUUUAGUUGCUGAAUCAAGUGUCGUCACCGGACAUUACUUUAUCUGGUCAACCACGAGUGUAGCAUUUUUUCUUGCAUUUCUGGGGCUAACAGUGCUUCCUGUGAACGUGAUUGUUGGAAACUACAUCAGCAACAUGUUUGAAGAGAGGCAAGUUCUGCUGGCAUCUGAAAUUAUGGUGUUGAUAGGUAUAAUCCUAAGCUUCCAAGUACUGAUCCCUUAUACAGUGCCUCAAUAUGUCAGCGCAGCACUUAUCACAUUCGUAUCCGCUGAAGUCCUUGAAGGUGUGAAUUUAUCACUUCUAUCCCGGGUCAUGUCAUCGAGGCUUUCUCGUGGGACAUAUAAUGGAGGGUUGCUUUCAACAGAAGCUGGGACCUUGGCUCGAGUAAUCGCAGAUGGAACAAUAACUUUGUCUGGGUACCUGGGAGAGAAUAGGCUCUUGAAUGUCACCUUGGUUCCUUCACUCUUCAUCUGUCUAUCCUCCAUUAUUGCCACCUGCUUCACCUACAACUCUCUCUACUGAUUCUCUUCCACUCUCUCAUGUGCACAUGUAACACAACAUAAUAAUAUGAACUUUCUUGGCAAUCAAAUGCCAAAUGCAGUUUGUUAUAGUUUCUUAA